UUUUAUGCAUGAUGCGCAUGAUGUGUCAUGUUAUCCUUGUUGUUCACUGAAUAUUAAACAAGGAUAAGAUGAUACGGUAGGCGUGUUAUUAUAUAAAACGAAAUGCACCCGUCGAAGAAGAAAGAAUUUUACUAAUUAAAAAAAAGUACUUUGAAGCACAUCAUUUGCAGCACCAAGUGGAAGCGUAAUCAUAACCUGAAAAUGACGCGGAUGGUCUUCAAAUUGUCAUUUGAGGAACCCCAGGCUCUCAGGCAAUCAUGCGGACAUGCGUCGGCUCUCUUCGCACCGACCAGCUGAUGCAAGUGGACUUUAACGCUCUCUGUCGGCAAUCGCAUCUGUUAUUCGGUUAAAUCGCACGUUUACCGGUGGCUGUAUUGCGGAGUCACAUGUAUGUGCAUCGAAUCGGGGCCCGUCUACGGAGACUUGUUAUCGCUUUCAUAAAUAUUCCACGCGCUGUCAACCGGCAUAUUUAUGCGUGCGAGAAUCAGGGAUUGAUAUUCACCUCGAAAAACACAAAACGGUAGCAAUGGGUACAUUGGAACUAAAGCAAAGCCUGACCGGGCACCGAGGCAGGGUGUGGAGCGUCUGUUGGCAUCCCAAGGGUGCGAAUCUUGCGUCUUGCGGCGAGGACAAGACGAUUAUAAUAUGGGGACUGGAGGGGCCCAAGUGGGUCACGAAAAUGAUCCUCACCGAGGGGCACUCCAGAACCAUUAGAGAGCUGGCCUGGUCCACGUGUGGCAACUAUAUCGCGUCGGCGAGUUUCGACGCCACCACCGCGGUGUGGGACAAGAAGUCGGGGCAGUUCGAAUGCAACGCGACGUUAGAGGGGCACGAGAACGAAGUGAAGAGCGUUAGCUGGUCGAUCUCCGGCCAGCUGCUCGCCACGUGUAGCCGGGACAAAUCUGUGUGGGUAUGGGAAGUGAACGACGACGAAUACGAGUGUGCCGCCGUAAUCAAUGCUCAUACUCAAGAUGUAAAGAAGGUGAGGUGGCAUCCGCACGAAGAGAUCCUGGCCUCUGCCAGUUAUGACAACACGGUGAAGAUAUUUAAGGAAGACGCAGCCGACAGCGACUGGUCGUGCAUCGCGACCUUGUCGUCUCACACGUCCACGGUGUGGAGUCUCUCGUGGGAUAAGAUUGGCAAUCGAAUAGCGACCUGCAGCGACGAUAAAACGGUGAAGAUAUGGCGGGAGUACAAACCUGGCAACGACAUGGGCGUCGCCACGCCGAACAACGAGUCCGUCUGGAAGUGUGUCUGCACGCUGUCGGGAUACCACACGAGAACUGUCUACGACAUCGACUGGUGCAAGACUACGGGCUUACUGGUGACCGCGUGCGGCGACGAUAUCAUUAGGAUAUUUAAGGAGGACAGCGACUGCGAUCCGCAUCAACCGAACUUCACGAUGGUCUGCUCGGCGGACAGCGCACACGCUCAAGAUGUUAACUGCGUUCAAUGGAAUCCCACGAUUCCCGGACAGCUCGCGUCCGCGAGCGACGAUAGUUCUGUGAAGAUAUGGUUUUAUAACGAAUAAAACAUUCUAUAAAAUACGUAAUAUUUACUUGAUGCCUUUCUUACUUGUUAAAAACAAAUGUCCAAAAUGACGAAUAGCAUAAUAGACGUUGUUUGUUGUACAAAAUAAAAAAUUGUUAUUUUCUCAUAGAGCGUGAAAGGGAAA